AUGGCUAACGGCAUGAAGUCCCUCACAGCGGAUGGAUCCCCGACCACUCUCUAUGAAUUCGAUAACUGGAGGACGUUCUUCGGCGACAGGUAUGAUGGACCGAUUUGCACAACGGCAGACCUUCUUUAUGCCGUACAACCAAAGACAAAGCUCGUCAUAACGCUUAGAGAUCCAGUUGACAGGUUGUACUCACAUUAUCUUCAUUUCCACUAUAAACAUGGGUCCGCUCAACAAUUUCAUGCAGGCGUGCUUUCGGAAAUUGCAAAAUAUGAAUCUUGUCGGAGAUAUCAUAGUGCACGUGCUUGUGCUUAUGGGCACAAUACUAACGACUUUGUGACCCUCCAUGUUGGACUAUACAGUGUUUUCAUUCGAGACUGGUUGAAGGUAUAUCCAGGAGAACAGUUGCUUAUUUAUCGGCUUGAUGAAUGGAUAGAAAAUUGCCCCAAAGUCUUUUCUGAAGUAUUAAAGUUUGUAGAACUUGAUAGUUUGCCGGAGGAAACUGUACGAGAGAUUUGUGCUAGGGAAAUGGCAAAUUCAGGAGCUAAUAAGAAAAAGAUGGUGGGACCCAUGAUGGAUCAAACACGUCGGCUGCUAGUGGAUUUCUACGCAGAGUCAAACCGCGAACUCAGUAAACUGUUAGGCGACGAUCGCUACUUGUGGAAGCGAUGAUAGAGGAUUUUGAUACUACUUACCCCUGUCCUUGUCGUUUUAGUGUAUAAUUCUAGUCAGAUGAUUAUCUUUUGAAGUUUGGGGACCUUGCGCUGGCUUGAUCCCAUCGGGGGUGCAUUUUCGAGGGGUGUCAGCUGGCCCUUUCUGACUACGCCAAGGGUUAAUAAGGGCCAACUUAAUGAAAUAAAUAAAUAAAUAAAAGUUACAUUUAUAUAGCGCAUUACAUGAAAAUUUCAAUGCGCUUUACAAUAACAAAUUAGUAAACAUGUAUAUAAUACUUUACAAAAAUCUGAGUUCAACAUAAUUAUAUACAUUGCUGAUAGCAUGUUCUGGUAUUAUUAUUACAUCAGGUCAAAUUCAAUCUAUUCAUUUAAGUAGGGCUAAGGUGAAAAUGUUACGCCCUAUCAUUGAAUACACAAAAAUUGCUUAAAUAUGCAUCAUAAUAUAGUCAUAAUAAUAAUGAAAUUUAAAUAACUUAAGUACCACAUAAUAAAGAUAUUAAGAAAUUAAGGAAGAAUUAAACAGAAAUGUCUUUAGUCUGCUCUUGAAAGCAUUCACAGAAGGAGCAUCACGGAUUUGGGUAGGAAGUCUAUUCCAGAGAGUGGGUGCAAUUGAAGAGAAGGCGCGAUCGCCGUAUCUCGUGCAGGUGCGGGGUCCAGGUGCGAGAUCUAGGUGUGCAUGUGCUGAAGAACGAAGUGUACGGGAACCAGUAGUCGCUUUGGAUGUGAUCAGUGAAGUGAGAUAUGCAGGUGCGAUGCCGUGCUUGGCCUUGAAGGUGAGGAGAAGGAUCUUGAAUUGUAGCCUUUGUUGGAUUGGAAGCCAGUGCAAGGAUUGGAGAAUUGGGGUGAUGUGUUCAAAUUUCCUUGAGCGUGUUAUGAGCCUUGCGGCGGCGUUUUGUAUGUGCUGUAAUUUGAGUUUUGGGAAGUCCGAUCAGGAGGCUAUUGCAGUAAUCAAGAUGUGUUGUGACGAAAGCAUGUACAAGUCUUUCCGCACUCGCACUAUCCAGAUACUUCCAUAAAAAGAACUAAAUAAACUAGACAGGUUACGUGUAACUGUCUUUAACAUCAUUUUAUAAUAUAUAUAUUCCUUUAAAUUGUUGGUUAGUCAUCCUAGGAGUAUAUUUCUACCUCCCUGCAUAUACCUUUCAUGUUAUAAGAAGUGUAUUCAAAAGUUAUCAUGAUGUUAUUUAUACUUUUAUGUUUGUUAACACUAUCAUACCACCUCGAGAGGAGAUCAAAUACUCAAAAAAAUUAAAAUUCACAUUGAAAUUUAUUUGUUUUAUUAGAAGGCGUAUUAUGAUACAAUCUAAUAUCAUUUGAAUCAAGAAAAAAUAAAUUUGUCAAGUGUAA